AUGUUGAGAGUGGCAGUUAGUGCUUUGUCAAUGGAGAUAGCCUUCCACAAGCAGCUACUGAGCAAUGGAGUUGAGAGUCUUAACUGUAAUAAUAUAACAAGACAGAGUUCUGCACAAUUUGUCCAAGCAAGUUCAGUGGGCAUUGCCGACGAUUUUUCUUCUGUUCAUCUCAAACUCCCCAAUUUGAUGACCAGCCGUUGCAAUUUUGUGAAGGUUUGUGCAGUGAGGAGGAGAAGGAUACAUCAGAACACCGGAACUUAUGUACUGUUAGAACCUGGAGAAGAUGAGAGAUUUGUUUCUGAUGAAGAGUUAAAAGCUAUACUGAAAGGCUAUCUUGAGAAGUGGCCAAGACCAACGUUGCCGCUAGACCUAGCAAAAUUUGAAACCUUGGAUGCUGCUGCUGCUUUCCUGGUAAGUUCUGUGUGUGAACUUGAAAUUGAUGGAGAUGUUGGUUCAGUCCAAUGGUACGAAGUUCGUUUGGAGUGA